AGACUGUGCAGACGCUCUGUAGGUGACUCUGUCUCUGUAGGUGUCUCUGUAGGUGACUCUGUAAGUGUCUCUGUAGGUGUAGGUUACUCUGUAGGUCACUCUGUAGGUCACUCUGUAGGUCACUCUGUAGGUCACUCUGAACAGAAACAUGGAUAAUACUCUGACGUUCGACCAGGAGAACCGUGAGCGCGUCAAGGCCGUGGCCGAGUCCUUCGGUCCGUCCGGUAAAAGCCUGUCCCAGCCCGGGCGGGUGCUGAUGGGGGAGGGUCGCCUUCUGAAGCAGAGCCGCAAAAAACCACAGCUUAAAGUUUUCUUUCUCUUCAACGACGUGAUCGUGUACGGCAGCGUGGUGCUCAACGGCCUUUGGUACAAGAACCAGAGGAUCAUCCCCCUGGAAAACAUCAAGCUGGAGGACAUGGCGGACACGUCCAACCUGAAGAACCAAUGGCUGAUCCGUACGCCCCGGAAGUCCUUCUACGUGGCGGCCCCCACGCGAGAGGAGAAGCGCGCCUGGAUGGAGCACAUCGAGCAGUGCAAAGCGUCUUUACUGCAGAAGGGCCACACUCCCACCGGGGAAUUCGCCGUGUCCUGGAUGCCCGACAGCGCCUCUGACAUCUGCCUCGUCUGUGAGGCCAAGUUCACCGCCACCAACCGACGCCACCACUGCAGGAUGUGCGGCAUCCUGGUGUGUCACAAGUGCUGCAAAGACAAGGCCGUGAUCGGACACAUCAACGCCACCAAGAAACAGAAGAUGUGUCGCCACUGCUACAGCAAGAAGCAGGAGGACGGGGCCCGUAUCCGCGGCAACUCAGAGGACGGCGACCCGGCGGCGUCCAGCGACGAGGACGACCACGAGGUGGACGACUCCCUGCUCUACCAGAACCCCAGCUCCUGGCUCGACUCACGUAUGGGAACCUGGAACGACAUGAGACACUACAUGUCCAUGCACCGGGCCAGUACCUGAACUACAGACUGUACAAGUACAAGUACAAGUACACGUACAAGUACAAGUACAAGUACAAGUACAUGCACCGGGCCAGCACCUGAACUACAGACUGUACAAGUACAAGUACAAGUACACGUACAAGUACAAGUACAAGUACAAGUACAAGUACAAGUACAAGUACAUGCACCGGGCCAGCACCUGAACUACAGACUGUACAAGUACAAGUACAAGUACACGUACAAGUACAAGUACAAGUACAAGUACAAGUACAAGUACAAGUACAAGUACAUGCACCGGGCCAGCAGCUGAACUACAGACUGUACAAGUACAAGUACAAGUACACGUACAAGUACAAGUACACGUACGAGUACAUGCACCGGGCCAGCAGCUGAACUACAGACUGUACAAGUACAAGUACAAGUACAAGUACAAGUACAAGUACAUGCACCGGGCCAGCAGCUGAACUACAGUCUGUACAAGUACAAGUACAAGUACAAGUACAAGUACACGUACACGUACACGUACGAGUACGAGUACAAGUACAAGUACAAGUACAAGUACAUGCACUGGGCCAGCAGCUGAACUACAGUCUGUACAUGUACAUGUGCACAUACAAGUACACGUACUGUACAUGUGCACAUACAUGUACAGUCCGUGUCCUCACGUGUCCCGCAGUCGCAGACAAAUCGAUUCUCAGAUGAAAAUCUCUGUGGGACUGAACUGAAACUACUGUUGACUACUACUACUGACUGAACUAGAGUCCAGGACGUCACAGACUUUGGCACAAAAAUCUGCCUGUUUUUUUAUUUCAUGUUCAUCUUUAAUUUGACCAAGUUAAAUGUGGAUGUAGGAAAUUUAAAAUAAGAAGAAAAGUCAUGAGCAGAAGCUGCAGCUGUGACAGAGAAAUAUGAAAGAACUACUGUGUUUUCUACUAAUGUAUAUUUAGAUAUAUUUUCUACUUGUAUGCCAAUUUUUUAUACUACAAAUACUUUUGUUGUCGUUGUUUUUUUUUAUUUAUUUGUAUAUGAAUAAACAUUUACAUAUAAAUGA